ACUCCUAUUUUUAUUUAGUUUUGGUUUAGCAAUGAACAAAAAAAGGAAAUUUAAAUUUAAUUGAAAUACAUUGGUGGUGGUGCUGUUGGCUUUGGCACUCGUAAUUUGGGAGAGAGAUGGCAACAUCGACGUGCUUCCUGUGUCCGUCUCCGGCGAGUUUGAAAGGAAGGACGGCGAGAAUGAGAAUAAGAUGCAGCGUGUCAGUGAGUACUCGAAGGGAGCCGGAACCCGUAGCGACGGUGGUGAAAGCGUUUGCUCCGGCGACGGUGGCCAAUCUGGGUCCAGGGUUCGACUUCCUAGGGUGCGCGGUGGACGGACUCGGUGAUAUUGUGUCGGUGAAGGUGGACCCACAGGUUCACCCCGGCGAGAUAUCCAUUCAUGAAAUCACCGGCCAAGCCCCCAACAAGCUCAGCACAAACCCUCUCUGGAACUGCGCCGGCAUCGCCGCCAUCGAAGUCAUGAAAAUGCUCUCCAUCCGAUCCGUUGGUCUCUCCCUCUCCCUCCACAAGGGCCUGCCCUUGGGGAGCGGCCUCGGAUCCAGCGCCGCCAGCGCCGCCGCCGCUGCUGUCGCGGUCAACGAGAUGUUCGGGAACAAGUUGGGCGUGGAGGAGCUGGUUCUGGCGUCCCUGAAAUCGGAGGAGAAGGUAUCAGGGUAUCACGCGGACAACGUGGGUCCGUCGAUCAUGGGAGGGUUUGUGCUGAUUCGCAGCUACGAGCCGCUGGAGCUGAUCUCGCUGAAGUUUCCGGCGGAGAAGGAGCUGUAUUUCGUUCUGGUGACGCCGGAGUUCGAGGCUCCGACAAAGAAGAUGCGGGCGGCGCUGCCGGGGGAGAUAGGGAUGCCGCACCACGUGUGGAACUGCAGCCAGGCGGGGGCUCUGGUGGCGGCGGUGUUGCAGGGUGACGUGGCUGGGCUGGGUAAGGCUUUGUCUUCUGAUAAGAUCGUUGAGCCUCGGCGUGCCCCUUUGAUUCCUGGCAUGGAGGCUGUCAAGAGGGCUGCCCUCAGUGCUGGGGCCUUUGGCUGUACCAUCAGCGGCGCUGGCCCCACCGCCGUUGCUGUCAUUGACGAUCAGCAAACUGGCCAUGCUAUUGCCAAACACAUGAUAGAUGCUUUUCUCCAUCAUGGCCAUUUGAAAGCUUCUGCAAAAGUCCUACAGCUUGAUCGCCUUGGUGCUAGACGCAUUCCAAAUUGAACUCAAGCUAUUGAGACUUGUAGAUUUCAAAAACUGGAUUUUUUCAGACUUCCCUGUGACACCAUAAGAGCUGGCCCGUCAUGUGUAUUUGAUCAACGAAAAGCAUUCUGGUGCGGAGGUCUGAAUAAAAAGAGGAGCAUUAUACCAAGCUGGGUGCUGCAGUUGGGUGGCAAAAAGUUAAAUAGAUGAAUAAUUGUGAAAGUCCUAGAUUAGGUCAGUGUUAUUGUGAACUCAAAAGGCAUGUUUUAGGUUUUCUUUGUUUUUGUUUUUAUCUUCUUCACCUUGCUACAUGAGAAAACUCAAUAAGAAGUCAUUCGUAGUCUUUACUUAUUUCAUUGUGUUAAUCUUGCUUUUGAAUAGCAUCUAAUAUGUGUUUCAUUGAUUGAUGUUUAAUAUUUCCAUUUAU